AUGGCUUCACAUGGUAAUGACAGAAUUCUAUGGCUUUGUCUAGCCUUAAGACUUGAGACGCUCCAGCGGCUUGCUGGCAGCUCUAGCUUCGAUCUUCGUGCGGCAGCACUGAGAAUCGUGUCUGAGAGGUCAACCAAGGGUUCGACGAAGGAAUUGCUUUUAGACGACCUUGCCGGUGAAGACCCUGAGCGACGACGCAAAGCUGUGAAUGCACUUAGCUUUCUCGUAUCAAUGGGCCGUCCGACUGUUCCUAUGAGACUAAGAGAUACGGCAACUUUCAGUGCUCUCGUCGAUUGCCUAUGCAACUUUCUCAGCGAACAUACCGAAAAGACUAGUGACAUAAUCUCGCCAAUCUGCCCACAGACAAGGCCACCUGGUGAGAACAAGGCCCUUAAGACACUCAGCUCGAUGCUGCCAGGGAACGUAAUAACUGCACUAGAAGCAGGAGUUGUCAGCCGAUGGCUGACGAAUUAUCCUUUCCCAUGCGCCGUACGUGAUAAAUCCAAGAAGCGAAGUAUUGUGUUUAUGAUGAAAACAUGGUGGGCUGAUGACCCAGCUAUGGGUUCCAUUAUUAAUACCAUAUCAUCCGAUCAAGAUGGGCUAAACCACCUCAGAAAAUAUGGGUUAAUGGGGAGUAGGAUGGAAGAGCAUACAACGGGUAUAUUUGGGAAUGGGCUCUUCGAGAACGAAGCCACUGGUCAUGGUUAUGGAAGAGACGGCUAUCAGGCCUAUGACUCCAACUCGGAUUCCGGCUCGGAUGCGGAUAGUGAUGUCUGGAUGGUCGAUGGUGAAGGAACUGCGGGUAUUUCGCCUUGGCUCAGUAGCCGCCCGCAGGAAAAUUCCGCUGAAGAACAAGCAAUUAGAAGGCGUCGCAGAGAAGCCAUGGUUUUCAGUGAAGGAAGUCGGCCAUUGGUAGCAGACAAUAUAUUCCACCCUAUUAGCUUACCUGGCUCGCCUGACGAAGACUGGGAACUGGGAGAAACCAGUCCCUCCUGGGCAAACCAGAGUCCAGACGGACCUGCAACUCAGGAGGAAACUCAUCCAGAGUCCCAGCCCGAACCCGAAACAGGACGAAGUCCAUGGUUGCUAUGGUCUUUCUAA